UUCCGGGGCCCGAUUGUUGACGCCUGCGGUCUCUGCGGCAGCGCCGGGCUGGUGGGGAGGGGCGGUUGGGGAAGGGAAGCGGCGCUGUGACAGGUACCUCUGCGGGUGCAGCGGAGACGGCUAUGGCAGAAGGGCCGGAGGAAGCCCGAGGCCGCCCUCCCGGGAAGGACGACGGCGGAGGAGACCACGAGCCGGUCCGCUCUCUGAGAGGCCCUCCCGCCGCUGCCCCCGACCCCCAAGAUGGACCGCGGGCCGAAUCCCAGGCCCCGAGCGGGCUCCCGACCCCAGGCCUCGCGCCCGCAGCCCCCGAGGGAUCGGAGCCGCCGCGCGAGCCCAGGAGGCGCCGAGAGGCGGCCCUUGGUUCGAUCACAGACCCUCAGGAGUCGGCUGACUGCGAGGCUCCCGAGGCCGCGGCGCCGCGCGAGAGGCCAGGGCGGCUGAGCGCCCGCGAGUACUCGCGGCAAGUGCACGAGUGGCUGUGGCAGUCCUACUGCGGCUACCUCACCUGGCACAGCGGCCUGGCCGCCUUCCCCACCUACUGCGCCGCGCAGCCACCGCCGCCCAGCUAUCCCGCGCCCCCGGCCGCCGCGCCGCUUGGCUACUACAACCCCUUCUACUUUCUGAGCGCCGGGGCCGCGGGCGUCGCCACUCCUGCUCCUGUCGCGGGCCUGGGUCAGCGGGCCUCUCACGUGCAGGGAUCGGGAUCGGCCCGGGCGACCCCGGCGACGAGGGCGGGAGCCGCAGCCCCUUCGCGAACAGUGGGCGAGACCGAGCGGCAGGCAGGCAGAGAAUAUGUUAUCCCAUCCUUAGCCCACAGAUUUAUGGCAGAGAUGGUGGAUUUCUUCAUUCUCUUCUUUAUAAAAGCAACUAUUGUCUUAAGCAUUAUGCACCUGAGUGGAAUAAAGGACAUCUCUAAAUUUGCUAUGCAUUAUAUAAUAGAAGAAAUUGAUGAAGACACAUCAAUGGAAGACUUGCAGAAAAUGAUGGUUGUGGCACUUAUAUACAGAUUAUUAGUUUGUUUCUAUGAGAUAAUUUGCAUUUGGGGAACAGAUGGCGCGACCCCAGGGAAGUUCCUGCUGGGGCUUCGAGUUGUGACCUGUGAUACAUCAGUGCUUAUUGCACCAAGUCGGGUUUUAGUGAUUCCUUCCUCAAAUGUUAGCAUUACAACGUCCACCAUUCGAGCUUUGAUCAAGAAUUUUUCUAUUGCUUCUUUUUUCCCUGCGUUCAUCACACUGCUGUUUUUUCAACAUAAUCGAACAGCCUAUGACAUUGUAGCAGGGACCAUUGUGGUAAAAAGAAAUGGGGUCAGAUGAUGCCCCCAGAAUACUGAAUUCCAUACUCUGGAAUAAUGACAAAACUAAAUUAUGUACCAAGGCCAUCAAUAUCCCUGGAUAAUAUUAAUCGAUGAUUUAGAAAUUAAAGCAAUCACUCCAGUGUGAUGCAGGUGACCAUUCUGAAAGUAUUGAUUUUACCUGAAUGCCAAAGAACUUUUCCAGAAGAAAAACCUGUUAAAUUCAAGUGUUAAAAAAAUUUUAGAUCAAAAAGGCAACAACUAAUUUUUCUAAUAAAUAGAACAAUAUAUACCCUCUUUAGACUAAGGCAUUAGAUUUUGUUGAAAGUAUUUGCUGCUUUGAAAUCUCCAAUCAAAAUUUUAAAACUUUAUUUUGGUUUAUCUCAAAAUUAUGGAAACUGUCGAACUGUGUUUUGUAAACACAUAAUUCGCCUUUUAGUUAACUCGUCUAGGGGAAUUGUUUUUUAGGAGGGAGCAAAACCACAGGCUGGGUAAUCCCUGUGUGUCCAGCCCCAGGAGGUGCUGAGUUAGCUGCAAGACAAAGGGGCAAGGCAGGCCUGGCAGUCCCCUUCCCUAAAUGUCAGUGUGCACUGCAAGUCCCUGCAGAGAGGGUGUGACUUUACCACCACUCACAUAGGGUUUAAGCAUGUGUUUUGGGCAAGUUUUCCAAGAUGAUGAAAUAGUAUUGUUGUGUUGCUCUGUUAUCAUUGAAAUUUUUUAAAAGAAAACGUUAGUGAUUGCUUAUAAUAGGGAAUUUCAAUGCCCUAAAACUAUGUGAAGAAAAAUUUCCAUCAAGCCAUUGUGUGAUUACUAUAAUAUAAUAUUCUCUGUAUAUGCAGCAUGAAAAAAGUGUUAGUGCUUUUCAGUGUUUUGAAAUAUGGGUAUGACUCCUGUUUCUGUACAGUAUACUCAUGUGGUUGUUACUUUUAUAUUUUAUACAGUUCUGAGACUCUUAAACCAUCAGGAGUUAAAGAUGUAGUAUUUUAUGAAUAACUCUAAUACUAGUAGCCUGUGAGAUAUUAGCAGUUUUCCCAUAAUGAACUGUUCUCUCCAAAGAGGUAGACAAUAUCAUUUCUACAAACUAUUUUAGCUUCUUUAGGAUCAUUUUGGGCCUGUAAGAGCUGAUGUCUUGGGGAAAAGACUGAGCAAAAUUCUUUGUGUAUUACCAUUCUGUUCUACUAAAGCAAUGCUGGGGAAGGGGGUGCUUUAGUUGUAUGUCCUAGUUAGCUCUAAGAUACACCUGUACUAUAUAUAGUUUGUUUUAUUUCACUCUUAUUUUGUCCAACUCUGUUUUCCUGAAAGCACUAAACUGUUCUGCAGUUAAAAAUUAAGAGAUCAAGACUUUUCUCUUGGUUUUAAAUUGGAAAUGUAAAACAUCUGUUAUCACUCAAUUUUAAAGUAGGUCUCUGACAUGUAAAACUGUGAAAACACAUUUAAUGUUUAUAGACACUAACAAUGUCCUUAUAGUAACUUUAUUAAAAAAUUAAGUCCAAUUUUACAGAAAGCUCAUGAGUUAAAGUACAUCAGAGUACUAAGUAGAUAUUCACUUGAAGCCUCUGGGAAAAUUUAAUUUAUGGCUCUUCCCAUUAAAAGAAAAACCUUUUGAUUCUAUUAGAAAUUGGGAAAUACUAUUAUAAAGUUAGCACUUUAUCUAGACACUAGCAUUAUAUACUAUUUUUGUCACUGAUUGGAGAGUUCAAGUUGAAAUGUCAUUUAGUCCCUAUAGCUCAGACUGCAUCUUUGAAAUUGCUGUUCAAAUAAAAUAAUUAUAGUUGCCCAUUCUGGGUUACAAAAAAAAAAUUGUCCUGUUUGCUAUACAGAAAGUAUAAUAAUUUGUUAUACAUGAGUCAUUGAGAUUAAUAUCUAGAUUCAGUUAUAACUAUAUAGAUAGCCCUAUAAUAGAUAUGUAGAAGUAUUACUUUGCCUUCACAACAAAAACCUGUGUGUUUCUAUUCAUGGCUCCCAGAGUGUUUAAAAAAAAAAAACAAAACAGUGACAGAAGAUGAAAUGUGGCUUUGCUGUCCCUUUUCUCUUGAGGAGACUCCUUUUAACACUUGUCUACUUGGUGCAUUUUACUUUUAAAAACUAAUUUUCUAUAUAGAGUGUAAUUCUCAUGUUGAAACCCUUACCUUGCAGACAAAACAAAGUUGAAUAAAAUAAUCAGCCUAACGAUAAGUAUUAGGAUUAGAGCUGAAAACACAAGUUCAGUAAGCAUGUCCUAAGCUGAAAUAUUAGGACUGAUUUAAUGAUAAGUAUAUUGUCUUAUAGCUACAUUAUCAUUCAGCUAAAAACAGCUACUGGUGAAUUUGGGCACCCAGGACAUUAACUACCUGUCUUCUGAAUGUACACUGCGGUGGCCUAUGCACCUUCAGGAGUCUGGCAUAUCAGCUAAUCAUGUUGAAGCCAGAAGCUGGGCCCCAGGUAAGUAAGUGUGAGUGAUGGUAAGCCUUGCAGACCACAGAAAUAAAGCCAGCACAUCUGGAUAGUAAGAUGUCACUUGCCAGUAUUACAAUAACGAGUAGCCCAACUAUUGCUCUAGGACUGGUUCAGCAGUUGUUCACUUAGUAUUUAGGAUUCUUUAAAAAGGCAUUGUACUUGGGUCACUUUGUGUAAAUUACAAAUAAAUCUUAAGGGGUUUGAAUGUCUUAAAAUAUGGUAAAAUUCAUUUUAAUUAGAAAUGUAAAGUUUUACUCAUGCUAAGUAUUUGCUGCAAAGCAAAAUGAAAAAGGAGUUGAAAUUUUUUUACAUUAGCUACAUAGGUAUAAAGAGCUUUUGAAGGAGAUAUGGAAUAUAAAAUGAUUUGCCUCUAUAUUUGUCCCUGUUAUAAAGAAUUUGCACAAACAACAGUAUUCCCAAAAUCUGACAAGUAAUAUUUCAAUGUCUUGCCAUUCUCCAUGCAGCUCAUUGUAAGAGCCCUGGAUCUGCAAAAGAGUAUCUGAUGGCCCACUUAUAAAUUCACCAUUUGUUUUUAAUAAUUUGUAUGCCACCAAUUUGUAUUUUGUCUCAAUAAAUACUAAGGUACAAAUACA